GAGGCUUCCCUUUCCCGUGCUGCCCGCUCGCUCUUCGUUGCACUCUCCACUCUGACUACACUCGUGACGCUCGUGGUGAGGAGCUUCACUCACACUCCUUUCUGUCCCUGCUGGCUUGUGUGAUGCGCCUCAGCAGACGCCCCUGCUUCUACCUGCCUUACUUUCGUGCUGUCUGCCGCACAAGAGCAAGCAAGCGCACAGAUCCAAGCUUCGAUCUUACUGCAGCAUCAGCAUUCCCCUACCAUCGAUCGAACCCGCAGCCCUUUGGACCUGCCCCGCUACGCCACCUGAUCGCUGUCAGCACCACAGCUCCAAGGAUGAUCUCGCCCAUCACUGAAGGCGCAUCGCGUCCUGUGCAGGCAAACAAGCCUUCCCUUCUCGUCGGCCCUUCAUCCACCCCGCUGCGAUGGAUCAAGCGCAGCGUCCAUCACGACUGCAAGCCUGAUCGGGCAGCGCAGCAUUCCGAGGACGUAUGGCGCGGCAUGGAGCUGGAUGAUGGUCAGGCAAAGAAUGUGCUGGUGUUGGGAGGCUCUUACGGUGGUAUGCACGCUGCCAGCGUCCUGGCCCAAAAGUUGCCACCCAGCCAUCGCGUCAUUCUGAUCGAGAGAAACUCCCACUUCAACCAUCUCUACGUCUUUCCCCGAUUCUCGGUCAUGCCAGGCAAGGAGCACGCCGCAUUCAUCCCUUACUCUUCCUUGUUCGAUGCCGCCCCGGCCAGACCAAGCGUGCGAGACCGCUGGUCGAGCGAGCAUCAGCAGAAGCGACAGGCGCACGCAGCCACAAGUCGGGACCCGCACGGUCCGACAGGCGAUGGUGCUGCUCUGCUCGGCUUUGAGCGUAAGCCGCUGGGCGAGGGCGACCAAGCAACGCAGCGACACGCAAAUGCUGAUGCUCAGCAGGCAGGGGUAGCUUCCACCGAGUGGCGAGACUCUGACGAACCUAUACUCCAAGCACAGCGCACCUCAUCGCCAGCGUCAGAUCGCUCAUCUCGGGCCACAACGACAGCAUCCGACUCUGCCUCCACUCGCUCCAGCCCCGACACUGUCGCCACUUCUGUCGAUCGUAACGAAGAGAGCGACAUCGAGGAAGGGCCUCUAGUACAGACCCGCAAACUCAAUGAGCGGGGAGAGGUGGAAAAGCAAGCUGAGACGCUAGUCACCGAGUGCGGCGUCUCUCAAGAAUUUCGACAAUCUCACGCCCAUCAAGUGCUUCAAGCUAGCGUCGUUAGCAUCACAGACUCGCACGUGGUGGUGCAGCCCGCGUCGCCCGCAAGUAAUGCAGCGCGAGAUGGAGAGCAGCCGACAGCAAAGCCGCUGUGGCAUAUUGAUCAGCGUUCGAUCCCAUACACCCACCUCAUCUACGCUCUGGGAUCCCAUCUUCCCGACCCGCUGCGCACGCCUGCUCGCACAAAGCUGCAAGGGCGUUCCUGGCUGCAAGCCAUGCAAAGGCGCGUCGCACAAGCUCAUGACAUUGUCAUUGUUGGUGGCGGCGCGCUAGGCGUGGAAUAUGCUACGGACAUCGCUAGUCUGUACACGGGGGAUGAGGCAAAGAACGUCACGCUGAUUCAUUCGAGAAAGCAGCUUCUUCCUAGCUUCGAUUCGAGGAUACACGAGGCGGCAUACGAGAGACUUCUGGAGCUCGGUGUCAAUGUGGUGCUGGGAGAGAGGUUGGCCACCAGUGAGGGAUGCCCGCGAGGCAGCACGAGCAAUGCGCAGCAGCAGUCCUUAGCUCAGGACAGCGUCGGGGGCGGCGCAACCUGUGAGAGCGCACCGACGGGGGAGGGUCCCGCCGCGGCUAGUUCGGGAAUGUGUCUUGGGGCAGGCCGCAAACUGAUCAGGACCACGACGGGUCGCGUGCUAGAGGCGGACUUAUUGCUGCUUUGUACGGGCCAACAACCCUCGUCGCAGAUCUUGGCAGAGUUUAGUCCCACUUCCGUCGAUCCUACCAGCCGUCUGAUCCGCGUCACGCCUCACCUGCGCGUCGCUAGACCUGCAGAUGCUGCACCCGGUCCCGUCGAACCGAUCAACCCUUGCGGCGAUUGCGAUUGCUUUGUGGAUGGCAAAGCUCACACGGUGGACAAGCACGGCAACUUGUCUGCACCCGCUCAAAUCGAUGCGGACAAGGAAGCCAUCCACAACGUCUAUGCCAUAGGAGACUGCGCCGAUGCGUUUGGCGCCCUGAAUGCUGGCUAUCAAGCUUGGGCGAUGGCUGACGUAGCAGCCGAGAAUAUACUGCGUAGCAUUGAACAUUCUUCGGGGUCAUCCGCGUCCGCAACGGCAAAUUCCGCCUCGGACACGCAAGGGUGGCAGAGCUUCACGCCUGCGCCGACUAUGCUCAAGCUCUCAUUGGGUUUGGGCAAGAUGGUUUUCCAGGGUGCGCCAGCUGCUGACCCAGAGACGGGCGAGAUGCGACCUACCAUCGAGAUCAAGGAUGAUCCGCAUGACCUGGCUGUCGAGGGCGUUUGGGGAAUGGCAGGUCACCACACUAGAGAUUUGUAUUUGUAGCCGACGGCAAUUGGACAGCGCUUUUGCAUCAUCUGCUUUCCUCGUUGCGACCGAGCUCUGUGCGCCUUACGCGUGACUCCUUCAUGUCUGAUGCAGCGCCAGGAUCAAGUCAAAUACUCCUCUCACACAGCAAGAAAAGGAACGAAAGAAAGGAUUGCCGGUGAGGAACAGUGAAAUGGAAGCUGUUGGGGGAUGACCCCGAUCCCUGCAAAUCAC